AUGCGCACAAACAACCGGGAAGAGCUGCCCAAGGCAUCCCACCCCCCAUCGACGAGCACGAUCGCCAUCAACAGCCUCGAGCCACCCCAGUUCCCCUUCAAGACCCUCUCCGCCCUCCCCGAGCUCAGCUAUGUGCUCGAAAACCUGAUCAUCUCCAUCGCCACCCUCCUCACCGCACUGCUCGCCCCCGCCCAGGCCGAGCAACAACAACAACCCAGAGUCGUCAUCCUCUCGGGCGCCAGCUCGGGCAUCGGCGCCAGCUUGGUCCAGACCUAUGCCGGCCCGAACACCAUCCUCGUCCUCCUCGCCAGGAACCCGGCGAGACUCAACCAGAUCGCCAAGGUGGCCAGGAACGCCGGCUGCAGGGCCGUAGAGACCCACUCGAUCGACUACGCCCACGAGGGCGCCGAAACCUCAAUCAAACAGGUCAUCCAGUCUGCUCACCAGAAGUACGGAUCCAUCGACCUCGUCUUGAGCGUCGCCGGCACAGUCACCUUCACCGAUGACGAUCCCCGCGGACCAGAACAAUGGGGCGAAAACACCGUUAAAAGGUUGACCAAAAUCAACGUCACUUCCACCUAUUCGUUCAUCAUGACUGCGUGGGAAAUCAUGAAGAAGCAACGAUCUGGAAACAUCUGCAUCAUCUCAUCAUCGGUAGCCUUCCAAGGGCCCCCGCAAUUUGCGGUCUAUGCAGCCACCAAGGCGAACCUCUUAUCGUUCGCCCAGUCCCUCCGAGCCCUGUCGACCCCCUACGGCGUCCGAGUCAGCGUGAUCUGUCCGGGCUUUAUCGAGUCGGGCAUGACGGGGGACAUGCUGGCCGCGGGCUCAUCGAUGCCCAGCUUCGGCCUCGCCGACGCCAACCAGAUGGCCCAGAGGAUCAAACACGCCGUCGAUGCCGAACAGGCCGGCGUCAUCUGGCCCCUCUCCCACGUCCUUCCCCUCGUCAUGGCCAGUCGGCUCAAUUGGUUGAACGGCGAGCUCGCCAGAUGGCUCGCUAGUAAAGUCGGCGUCACCGGUCAAAUGGUCUCCUGA